GGGAACCCCAUCGACGAUCUCUCCACAGCUUGACUGCCUGGCCUUCAUGAUUUCAAGAAGCACUGCUGCAUCUACUGUUUCCUGUAAAGCGGGAAACAAGAACAACUUCCCUUUCUGGAUUCUGAUUUGCAUGUUCUCAAGGUUCCCUGGGACUCUUGUCUUGUACUUGACCGUCCUGUUCUUUGUGAGCUGUCCUUCAUCAAUUUAGAGAUCUGAAGGGAAAUUCAUCAGGAGCGGUGAAGAAUUGAAAUUCCAUCUGCGGUAAACGAAGUCAUCUCCAACAUUGGAAAAUGGUUGCUUCUCAAUGUUUGCACAUGACUGGAACGAGGAAGGUUUUCCAGAACCAAUUGCUUCCAAUGGGACCUCCUGAUGCUCUUCUUGUAGAUCAUAUUGAGAAUGAGUUGGAUUUUUCUGAUGUCUUUGGUGUGGCACCUGGAAUGUCUUCUGCACCCAAUGCAAAUGAAUUAGUGUAUGAUGAGCCAGAAGUAAUUUGUAGCCGGUGUCAUUCAUUGGUGGGUCCUACACCUUUUGCCAGUCAAUUGGUGAAGCUUGGCAAGCUCACUUUACAUGAGACUGAAUAUGAUCUUGUUGAGGGGGUCAGUACAAUGGCUUUUGAAGAACUCGAAGAACCUUCUUUCGUUGAUGAUGAUGAUGGCAAUUCGAUGAAAAACCAUAGUGUGGGACUUGAAGACUUUGAAGUUCUUAAAGUUGUUGGACAAGGAGCAUUUGCAAAAGUUUAUCAAGUGAGAAAGCGUGGUACAUCGGAAAUUUUUGCAAUGAAGGUUAUGCGAAAGGAUAGGAUCUUUGAGAAAGAUCAUGCUGAGUAUAUGAAAGCGGAAAGAGAUAUUUUGACAAAAGUGGAUCAUCCCUUCAUUGUGCAGCUCAAAUACUCAUUCCAGACCAAAUAUAGAUUGUUCCUUGUUCUUGAUUUUGUAAAUGGGGGUCACCUUUUCUUUCAACUCUAUCGGCAAGGCUUGUUCAGGGAGGAGUUGGCACGUUUCUACACUGCUGAGAUUGUUUCUGCUGUUUCACAUCUCCAUGCUAAUGGCAUAAUGCACAGGGACUUGAAACCUGAAAAUAUUCUUCUGGAUGCAGAGGGGCAUGUUAUGUUGACUGACUUUGGCGUAGCCAAGGAAUUUGAUGAGAGCACAAGAUCAAAUUCCAUGUGUGGAACGUUAGAAUACAUGUCGCCUGAAAUUGUACAAGGGCGGGGCCAUGACAAGGCAGCUGAUUGGUGGAGUGUUGGAAUUUUAAUGUAUGAAAUGCUUACAGGGAAGCCUCCAUUUAGAGGUGGAAACAGACAGAAAAUUCAGCAAAAGAUAGUUAAGGAUAAGUUGAAGCUUCCAACCUUCUUGUCAAGUGAAGCACACUCCCUUCUCAAAGGGUUGCUACAAAAGGAGUCAAGCAGGCGGCUUGGCAGUGGAGGUGGUGGAAGUGAUGAGAUAAAAAGCCACAAAUGGUUCAAAGUGAUCGACUGGAAGAAACUGGAGGGUCGAGAAGUGAAGCCAAGUUUUGUACCAGCAGUUGGUGGUAAACAAUGUAUAGCAAAUUUCGAAGAGUGUUGGACCAAGUUGCCAGCGGUGGUGGAUUCUCCGGCUGCCAGCCCCAAAUGUAAGGAGAACCACUUCAAGGGGUUCACUUAUGUGAGGCCUGCAGCUGCUCCUUUCCUACAGAGGGAUGAUUCUCCUUAACACUUCUCUUCAUGUAUGUUUAUUUCUUUUACUGAGAAUUAAUUCCAAUAAGUUAAUGUAACUAGUAGGAUGUUAUGGAGUUCUGUUAUGUAAUCUGCAAAUGCAUUCCACUUAUAUGUUUUGCACGCA